UAUAUUAUUUGUGUAUGUUGUUUUUAUACCUAUAUCUUUUUUUUCAUUCAUUAUUUAUAUAUUUUUAAUUUAUCUACAUAUAGAUUUAUUCUCUUAUUCAGUUGGCAUUUAACAUAAAAUAAAUAAAAUCUCUUUAAUCUAUAAUCAAGUGUAAAUAUUACCAAGAAAAUAAAAGAAGAGCAAAAAAUAAAAAAAUUUAAAUAAUAAUUACAAAACGUGUGAGCUGUAGUAGUUCAAAGAAUUAAAAAAAGGAAAGAAAGAAGAAUAUUAAUAAUAAUAAUAAAUUAUACGAAUAUUUAAGAUUAAUUGAACGUGUGCUACGUGCAGCAUGUCGACAACUUCGUCCAUUGAAACGCCAACUUCACCAACGGGUCCACUACAACAUCAGCCACUGCAACACAACAAUCGUACACACAGUAGCCACAGUCAUCACACAUCGUCGCAUCAGCACACUACGAGGGCCAUUGUAGUCAGCGCUGGCGCUGGCCCACAUAAUAAUCCCUAUACGCAAACAACUACUACCACUACUACUGCUCCAGCUGCUGCUGUUGCUACUACGACUGCAGGCAAUCUAAGUAAUAAACGUUCUCAUUCCACUUCCUCGUCAUCGAACGGGUCUUCCUGCAAUAACGGCUCCUCGUCCUUUAAUCCAAUGGUCAACAAUAUGAUUUCGAAUGCCAGUCACAAUCAGCAGCAGCAACAGCAACAUCAUAAUCAUCAUCAGUAUAAUAAUCAAUCUUCUACUCAUUCACUUUUAACACCCUCAUCUUCGAACGCUUCAUCACCCUCUGCAUCGGCCAGUGCUUCUACAGCCGCUGCUGUGGCCGUUCACCAGCCACAAUACUCCCACAACAAUCAUUCAACUAAUUCAUAUUCAGCUCAGCAACAACAACAGCAACAACACCAUCACAAUAGCUCUUCUACAUCUUCGGCAUCGUCCUCGUCGUUUUCCCAUCAAAAUCAUUCUUCACAUUCUCAUACACAAUAUCAACAACAGCAACAACAACUACCACAGCAACAGCAGCAACAACAGCAUCCACAUCAUAAUCAUCAUCAUUUGCAAUUUGCAAGGCCAUCGACGUCAAUGUCAGCUCCUGGUACAGCCGCCACCUCUUUGUCGCAAAACAGCUCGUGCACACCAUGCAGCAUUAAACGUCAUACUACAGAUGUUUCUGUAUGCUCUUCAUCGUCCUCCUCUUGCUGUUCAUCGGCAAGCUCUAAUUCGGUCUCAGCUGCAGGUGGCCACAGUGCUGGCGUUGCUAGUGGCACUGGUGCUGGUGGUAGUGGUGGUGGCUCAGCAGCAGGUGUAGGCCAAGGAAAUGCCAAUAUUGUUACUCCGGCCGUGAUUACGCAAAAAUCGCGUACUAUACCCUCGGACAAGAUAAAUUUACGUUUAAUACUUGUUAGCGGCAAAACAAAAGAAUUCCUAUUUAAUCCAACAGAUUCAGCUGGUGAUAUUGCACAAACAGUAUUUGAUAAUUGGCCGGAAGAUUGGGAACGUGAGGCUGUCUCUAAGGCUGAAAUUUUGCGUCUCAUUUAUCAGGGUAGAUUUUUACACUGUAACGUUACCUUGGGUGCACUGGGACUACCUUUGGGCAAAACGACUGUUAUGCAUUUAGUACCGCGUGAUAAUUUGCCAGAACCCAAUUCACAAGAUCAAAGACAAAAGAGUAAAGGUGGUUCUAGUAGAUGCUGUUCAACGACUUGCUGUAUUUUGUAACUAAAUUAUAGACAUUAGACUUUAGCUUGAAAUUAUAAAUUUAAAAAACAUAAACUAAAAACAAAAACUCUAUCUAUAUACAUAAAUAAAUAAAUAAAUUAUAAAACAAUUUUAUAAUUUAAAUAAACAACAACAAAAAGAAAAACAAUAAUAUUAAAAAAAUUAAAAAAAACAACUUAAAAAUUUAGCAAAAUAUAAUUGAAAAAAAAAGAGAAAAAAACUUCAUUUGUUCUGUAUACAUACAAAAUACCAGCAUAACAAUACAAACAAAAAUACAAACACAUUAAAAUACACACACACACCUACAUUACAACAUAAAUGUUUUUAAAUUCAAAUACGAAAUAAAAAAAUUAAAACAAAAAUAAAUAAUUGAAUUUACAAAAGGAAAAAACAAAAUAAAUUAAUUAACAUAAAAAAAGCCAAUGCUUUAAGGGUUUAAAUAUUUAAAUAAAUAAUUGAAAAAUAAAAUUUAAAAAAAAGUAAUUAAAGCAAAUAAAUAUUUAUUAAUUUAGUUUUAAAUUUUAAAUAUAUUUCAUUGUAUGUACUAUAUAUUAUUAUUAUUAUUAGCAUUAUUAAUUAAUUAAGAUAUUUAUGUGAAUUUUUUCAUUUUUUAUUUAAACCAAUUUUUUUCUGGUAAAAAAAACCUAAAUAAUUAUUAAAAUGUUUAAACAAAAAAUGUGUAAUAAUAUUUAAAACAAAACAAAAAAAACAACAUGAAAAAAGAAAACAAAACUUAUAUAAAUAUAUUUAAAAAAAAAGAAUUUUAUGUAGAUAAUUAUGUUGAAAUUUAUUUUUAAAUGUUUUAAGCCUUUUAAAAUUUAAAUAAAUAGUAAAAUUAUAACAAAAAGAAA